GACCGGCGCAUGCGGCACUCUCCUCGACCCCGCGUCACACUCGUAUCUUUAGGAUUUUUGCUGGGGACGUGGUUGAAACUUCACCACUUUUAAGACAUGCAAGAUGGCGGCUCGCAUGUCGUGCAUGUGGCGAUACGUGGCACCAAGCAUCAAAAGGUUGAUUGGUAGAAGAUACUUCUCGCAAGAGCCGAAAACUGUUACACUUAUCCCAGGAGAUGGCAUUGGCCCUGAAAUAUCAGCGUCAGUGCAGCAAAUAUUUGCUGCUGCAGAGGUUCCUAUUGUCUGGGAGUCGGUGGAUGUGACCCCAGUUCGAGGACCUGAUGGCAAGACAAGGAUACCUCCUGAAGCCAUCGACAGCAUGGGAAGGACCAAGCUGGGUUUAAAGGGGCCCCUGGCCACACCAGUUGGCAAGGGCCACAUGAGUCUCAAUCUGGCUCUGCGCAAAGAGUUUAAUCUGUAUGCCAAUGUCAGGCCCUGCAAGUCAAUAGAUGGGUACAAGACACCAUAUGAUAAUGUGGACUUGGUAACAAUCCGAGAGAACACAGAAGGAGAAUACAGUGGUAUUGAACACGUGAUUGUUGAAGGUGUUGUCCAGAGCAUCAAGCUAAUCACUGAACCUGCCUCAAGAAGGGUGGCCGAGUUUGCCUUUGAGUUUGCCAAGGCUAACAACAGACAGACAGUCACUGCAGUGCACAAAGCUAAUAUCAUGAGGAUGUCAGAUGGUCUUUUUCUCCAGUGCUGCAGAGAAGAAGCUGAGAAGCACAGGGACAUCAGAUUCAGGGAGAUGUAUCUGGACACAGUCUGUCUCAAUAUGGUACAAGAUCCUACACAGUUUGAUGUGCUGGUUAUGCCCAAUCUCUAUGGAGAUAUCUUAAGUGAUUUAUGUGCUGGUUUGGUUGGUGGUCUUGGUGUAACGCCAAGUGGCAAUAUUGGAGCUGAUGGGGUAGCUAUCUUUGAAUCGGUUCAUGGCACAGCUCCCGAUAUUGCAGGCCUAGAUAAGGCAAACCCAACAGCAUUACUACUCAGUGCAGUCAUGAUGCUCAGACAUAUGGGUUUGAAUGAACUAGCCAACAGGAUUGAGUCUGCAGCCUUGACAGUCAUCAAAGAGGGCCAGGUGCUAACAGGCGACUUGGGAGGAAAGGCUAACUGCUCAGAUUUUACCAAGGCUAUAUGUGAUCAAUUAGCAUGAUAACCCACUCAAAUGUACAACUCAUUUCAGGAUCCAUCCAGGUCAUUUCUGAAGGUAAAACAAGGUCUCCUGAAGUCAUUUUUUAUUGUUUUAUUUCUGUUCACUAUCUUUGAUUACAAUUCCUUUUUUAGCAGAGUAUUUAUGGAAAAGAUGGACUCAUAAGUUUGAUAGAAGAAAUAUGGUAGCUGCCAUCACAUUAUAUUGCUAGAGGAAUUGGAGUGUUGCUUGAUUUGACAUUUGAAAAUCAUUUAUAAAUAUAAUUAUUUGGAUACAUCUACAUGGACACUGAACACAAGUCUCCCUACCAAGGUAUGGGUCAAGGCUCAACUGUAUUCGUAAUUCAAAAAAAUACAAACUUAAAAGCCGUCAAAGUUGAGGAAUUGACAUUGAAAGAUGAUUGGCUCUUCUUUGACAUUGUUGUCAAUGUCGGCCAUCAAUUAAACUAACCCAGUGUUUGCAAAUAGUGUUUGAAAUCUAGUCAGAAUGUAACUUGGCAGAUUUGGAUCCCUUCAAAUGAAUUGCAUUUAAUCCAUGGGGUUCAUACAAACACGUUUUUGGUUGGUGUGUAUUUUUGUAAAAAGUUUGGAACUGAGUUCAUUGAUUUUAGUUUGUAAGAGGAAAGUUGUCAAAGUUGUGCCUGUAAAUCACGUAGUAGACAUGGUAUUAAAGGCAUUUAGGAUCUUUGCAAUCGCUCAAAAACCAAACUGACGGGUGACGGAUGACGGGAUAAAUCGUCAGGCUUCCCCCAGUCUCUGGCGGUGGACAUGUACACGUUACGUCAGUGGUUGCCAUUGGUUUUGUACCCAUCGUGUGUUGAACUUGGCUGCUGUACACGGCCUGUGGUUGUAGCCAAUAUGGCUCCCUGGCGGGGCCUCAGAGUGUUGCAAAAUAUGAAGUACCAGAGAGAAGUACCAUACACAUAUGGUACAAAUGACUCUCGAAAGUCAGAAUUUGUGGUGGUUGACUUGAUUGUAAAAUUUGGCCAAUAUAUUUAGUCUUUAUUAAAAAUGGUGUUUUUGGCCAAACAUAAUUCCACCAUCAAGUGGUUUGGAAAUACCAAAAAACAAAAAACCUGGAAAAGCUUUUAUUUCACGGUUGCUUCAGCCCACAGAUAUAUAAUAUAAUACAUGUAUCCUGCAAUUACUUAUAGACUGGUACCUGGUCCAGUAUCAAUGUUAUAGGGGCAGAAACAGGUCAACCCUGCAAGAAGUUAAUAAUUGUUGUGUUUCUAAUGAGUAAUUUUUCAGCAACACGGGUAUGUUUUAUUGUUCAAUGUCUCAUUCAAAAGUGACAACUUUGUAUUGGCUAGAAAAUUGACCUGGCAGUCCAUUUGAGUGAUACCAUGGUUAUCUACAGGGUGUCCUAAAAAAAAAAGGUAACGCACAAAGGGACACUCCUGUUGAUCUCUCUGUAGUUACUUAAGAUUAGCAGUUUGGCACAUGUUUUACUGUUUUUUAUUGAUUUUUUUAAUUGAACCUCUCCCCUAGUACAUUACAUUUUAACACCCUUAUCAGAUGUACUCUUUUAAAUACAAGUUACAUGUGUUUCUACUGUCAGUAUACAGUUGUGACAAUUUGGAUGUUAAAUUUAAAGUGUAUCCCAGGCAUGAUCCUGUAUGUUUGCCUCUCUCAAUUGCCAUAAAACCAGUGUGUGUUGUUAACAAUUUUAUGCACCCAUUGUAGGGUGAAAAGUUAGUUCUUGAUCUUAUUUGUGCUAUUUAAGAGGUUGUGUUAAUAUUAAAGUUUGAAGCUAUAAUUUA